AUGGCAAGAACUAAAUAGACUGCAAGAAAGAGUACUGCUGGCAAUAAAAAACCAACAAAACAUUUAGCCACUAAGGCUGCUAGAAAGACUGCUCCAGCUGUUGGAGCUGCAGGAGGAUUAAAGAAACCACAUAAGUUUAGACCUGGAACAGUUGCUUUGAGAGAAAUCCGUAAAUAUUAAAAAUCAACUGAAUUGUUGAUUAGAAAAUUACCAUUCUAAAGAUUAGUUAGAGAAAUUGCUCAUGAUUUCUAGAAGGAACUAAGGUUCUAAAGUUCAGCUGUAUUGGCACUUUAGGAAGCAGCUGAAGCUUACUUAGUAGGAUUAUUUGAAGAUACAAAUUUAUGUGCUAUCCAUGCUAGAAGAGUCACUAUAAUGUCUAGAGAUAUACAAUUAGCUAGAAGAAUCAGAGGUGAGAGAUUUUGAUA